UGCACUGAGUAAUUCGUGAAUCUGUAAUAGAUCUUUAAAUCGAACAUUCUAUCGUUCAAACUUUUGAAUGUUUACGUAUUUGAAGUACACAGUUUUCAUCGAUAGCUGUCUAUGAAUGCAGAUUUUUUACAGACGAAUGGUUUGUAUGACCCUGAUUGACGAUGGAAGAAAACUACCAAAAUUUGGAAUCCAACCCCAAGUACUUGAUGCAACAGUUAUUAAUAGCGAGAACAGAAAUAAAUAACUUAAGGCAACAGAUAAAAGGUCUUCGGUAUAGUCAUGAAAAAGAAGUUGUUAAAAUUAAACAACUUCUAGGAAAUAUUCCAAUCACUGAUUCAUGCAACAGUACAGAACCUGCCAGCAAUAAUGUAAGCUUAGACAAAGAAACUCUCCAGUGUCAAGCCAUUGGUACCAUUUCUACUUGGUUCCCAAGUAAAAGGGGCACUCCACGACAGCCUGUCAUUUGCAGUAAAGCCCCUGGAAAAAUUGUGUUGAACAAAAAUGUUUUCACUAAUCCAGAACAUGCUCUGCAGGGAUUGGAACAAUUUUCCCACAUGUGGAUUUUGUUCCACUUUCAUAGAAAUGAAUCUAAUCAUGUCCGAGCUAAAAUUGCUCCUCCUAGAUUGAAUGGAGUAAAAACUGGAGUUUUUUCAACUAGAUCCCCCCAUCGUCCCUGCCCUAUUGGCUUGAGUUUAGUGAAAAUAAUUAAAAUACAAGACUGCACUAUUUAUUUUGAAGGGGUUGACAUGGUAGAUCAAACGCCGGUUCUAGAUAUAAAACCAUACAUUCCACAAUAUGACAAUCCUUCAAAUGUAGAAAGAGUUUUACAAGCUGUACAAUCAAAAGAAGACAGUGAUAUGGAUGUAAAAAAUAUUAGAUCUUUGAGUAAUGAAGACCCCAAUGAAAAUGUCGAUACAAGCCUGUAUGACUUUCACUUGAGGAAAGAUCAAAAUUUUCCUCCAUGUACUGCAUCAUCUUCUAGAGUAUUUGCGUCUAAUUUUACAGGAGAAAUGACAAAUUUGGAGUCAACAGAAACAAAUCAUGUUGAAAAUUUGAGCAGUAAUUUUUCUGACAAUGCAGAAGGUGCUAAUAGUCUAGAAGAUAGAGAGCUAGAAGCUAUCAUGAAUAACAGUGAUAACUCUAAUUCUAUUAGUUAUAAUAUUUCAAGCUCAGAAUUGAAUAGCCAAUCUGAAUUCAAUAUUAGAAAUUCCAGACUAAUGGAUGGUGCUGAUGGGCCACAUUCAGGGUGUAAUGCAGACAUAAAUCUAAUCUCUAGACACGUUUCCAACUUAGGGCUAAACAAUUUACCUUCUUCUUCACCUAUCAGAAUGGAUAUGCGUGAAGCACCAGAUGGCGAAGAAGGUUUGGAUCUUCAACAAAACGCUCAAACACUAUCUACAAACAGAACUACCAUUAAUCAAAUUUUCCAUGGUAAUUCAAGAGCAGCUAAUUCAAAUAUCGACGAUGAAGCCAUUCGGGUGCCUGAUUGGAUAUCUCAAGAUCAUAGUGCACCUUUAAAUGUUAAUUUUAAUGAACGGUCUUUGAUGCAACUUCGGGAAAUAGCAAAAGAUAAGUGUGUUGAAAAGAAACAAGCUGUAGAAAACGUUUUGAAAGAAGAUCCUAGGUCUGUUUAUUUACGGCAACGUUAUGGUAAUCAAUUUUACACGUUUCUUAUUCAUGACCUGCACAUCACUUGUAAAUUUGAUGACGAUAGUCGAAUAGUUACGGUAUUUCAAAUACGUCAUGCAACUCGAACGUGCGAUUGCGGCGAACCGGAAUGGCAAUGUCCAGGACAUUCGCCGACUAAAAAUUCAAGUGCUCAUCAAAAACAAUAGAUUUUAGUGCAGCUACAAUUCUAAUAGACUAUGCUAAAUUUAAUUUUCUACUAGUAAAUAUUUUUAUCACAGAUUAUUUUAAAUCAGAUAGUUUCUAUUCAAACUAGUUCAGAAUUGAUUCAUAAUGGAAUUAUAAUUUGAGCACUAAUUAGCUCAUGUUGAUAAUGACAAUUUUUGGGAAUGUAUAAGUGUGACCAUGAAAUGUAUUCUUAGUGAAAUAUAUGCACAAAUUGAUAUUUUAUUCAAGUAACAAAAUCGGUCAAAUGUACAAAAAAAACCAUAUUCCAACUUUUACAAAAUAUU